AUGUUGUUGGGAAUAAAUGCAAAGAUUGUUCAUCACUAUGCCCGAUUGAUUUUCCGGCUAAAUAAUGGUUCACUUUCCGCAAAAUUUCGACCCGGUACUGAGAUGGAAGUAGCAUUCGAUCCGGCCGUCGAUCAUAAAGGCUCACAGACAACAAUAGCUCUAUGUUUCUGUGCGUAUAUGCGAUCGCUUUUUCUGAGGCAGUUUUACAACGUUACUGAAUGUCUUCCAGUCAUUUUCGAGGGGAGUAAUUUGUAUUCCAAUAAACUGGACUUGCUACAUUCAUGUUGUCCGAGGCAAAAUGAAAAUAUUUCAUCCGAAUUAUGGAUUAAAUAUGUCAGGGGGGAACAGUAA